UCAGAGUUUACAAACAAGUCUGAAAUCUGAAUAGUUUGGUUCGUUAUAAUGCAGAACGUCGUUUUUGCUUUCUUUGUUUUGGGGUUUCUGUUAAACCAGUUUGCUAUAUCUGCAGCUGCUUCGUGUAAACAUACGGUAAGAGUGGUAGAAUCUUACAAGAACAGGGUAUGCUCGUGUCGAUGGUGGGGAAUCUGUACUCAUCAUUCGUGGGUGUGGCGGUAUCGUGACUACUACAGACAAACGUGUUGCCCAGGAUAUGGGGGAUGGGACUGUCAGCGUAAGCAUGUUUAUCUGUUUCCAGUAUCUUAUUGCACAUACCGGGUAUAUUUAUUUGUUUCCAGUAUCUUACUGUAAGUACCUGGCAUAUUUAUCUGUUUCCAGCAUCAUACUGUAAGUACCGGGUAUAUUUAUCUGUUUACAGUAUCUUUCUGUAAGUACCAGACAUAUUUAUCUGUUUCUAGUAUCUUUCUGUAAG